AUGCGGCACCAGAAUUCCAUAAAAUGCCACCAACGUCCAUCGGCCCCGAACGACCGAUUUGAUGAACGCGGUGCGGAGAAGGAACCGCUUGUCAACUACUUUGAUGGUGAUGGUCAGCCCCUGCACUUCGUUCAGCAUACGCGGCACACGCUGGCAACUACAGCCGGCGGUGGACGUUCAGCGGCAGAGGCUUUUCACCAGGCUCCAGCCUCGGACCUCAAGCCUCACCUCCGGGGUGCUGGCGGCGGUGGAGACACUGAUGCCCUCGCGGGAGUGUUCGACUACGAAGGUCAGGCAAAAACCGUCCACAGGCAUCGCCAGAAAGGACAUAAAAACACUAAUGAUGCGCUGCCGACCGAAGAGUUUGAAGAAUGCCAUCUCAGCGACCUAGACAGAGACUCCCCUGCAUUUAACAUUGAUGACAUCCAGUGUCCGGGUUGUAGACAGGCUGUUGCCCAUGAGGUUCUUCUUCAACAGCGGUAA